AAUCAAUUAUUUUGCGUUCAUCAUCCAAAGCCGGUAGAUGCGCGUGGAGUUAAUCCUUUUACCUAUAGUAUUAUUUUAACCAGCAGAUUAACAAACCGUGAUCAACAAUUGAAAUUGUAAUUAUAACAAAACAACGAGCAUCCAGUAAAGUGAAGAUAUAAUGCAUAGGUGUUUAGCGGUUCUCUGCCUCUAUGUGGCAUUGGUUGCUGGCGCAGAACAAGAUGUGCUGGAAUUGACGGAUGACAACUUCAAUUCUGUGUUAAAAGAACAUGAAACCACAUUGGUUAUGUUUUAUGCGCCAUGGUGUGGGCAUUGUAAAAGACUGAAACCAGAGUAUGCCAAAGCAGCUGAAGUUGUGAAAGAUGAUGAUCCCCCUAUUGCUUUGGCAAAAGUUGACUGCACAGAAGCCGGAAAAGAGACAUGCAGUAAGUACUCUGUCAGUGGUUAUCCCACACUGAAGAUAUUCCGUGGCGAUACCGUUUCGCAAGAUUACAGUGGACCUCGCGAGGCAAAUGGUAUUGUGAAGUAUAUGAGAGCUCAAGUCGGACCUGCCUCUAGAAAUAUAAAAUCAGUCGAUGAAUUUACCAAAUUCCUUGAUACGAAGGACACAACUGUAUUUGGAUUCUUUGAAGAUCCAGAUGUAGCUCUAGCUAAAUUGUUCCUGAAAUUUGCUGAUAAAAAUCGCGAGAAAUAUCGUUUUGGUCAUAGCAGCGAUGCUGACGUGCUUGCCAAAUAUGGAGAAACUGAAAAAAUUGUUCUCAUCCGUGCCCCACAUCUAGCGAACAAAUUUGAGGAAUCGAAUGUUAAGUUCGAGGGAUCAUCUGAAUCUGACUUGAGUGCGUUCAUUAAAGAGAAUUUCCAUGGUUUGGUCGGUCAUCGUACACAGGACUCUGUACGUGAUUUCAAAAAUCCACUUAUUGUUGCCUACUAUUCUGUUGACUACGUUAAGAAUGCCAAGGGUACGAAUUAUUGGCGCAAUCGUGUCCUCAAAGUGGCAAAAGAGUUCUCCAACAAAGCUACAUUCGCUGUUAGUGCUAAGGACGAUUUCCAAAAUGAAUUGAAUGAAUAUGGUUAUGAUUUUGUUGGCGAAAAACCAGUAAUUCUAGCACGAGAUGAAAAGAAUCUCAAAUAUGCACUGAAGGAAGAAUUCUCCGUCGAAAAUCUCAGAGACUUUGUUGAAAAGUUGCUUGAUGGUGAACUUGAGCCGUACGUGAAGUCUGAACCCAUUCCAGAGAGUAAUAAUUCUCCCGUAAAAGUUGCGGUUGCCAAAAACUUUGAUGAAGUCGUCAUAAAUAAUAACAAAGACACAUUGGUGGAAUUCUACGCACCUUGGUGUGGACACUGUAAAAAAUUGGCACCAGUAUAUGACGAAGUGGCUGAAAAAUUGCUUAAUGAAGACGUAGAGCUUGUCAAAAUGGAUGCCACUGCCAACGAUGUACCACCUGAGUUCAACGUUCGAGGAUUCCCAACACUUUUCUGGUUGCCUAAAGAUUCAAAGGAUACACCCGUUGCUUACAACGAGGGCCGUGACGUAGAUGACUUCAUCAAGUAUAUUGCUAAACAUGCUACAAAUGAACUCAAAGGAUUUGACCGUAGUGGCAAACCUAAGAAGACCGAACUGUAGAAGUUAAAGCUGAAAUUAGUUUGAAUUACGGCGUGAAAGUGAGGUAAAUAGUAAGCUGUUGGAAGUCGGUAUAUAAAAAA